CUGACAGCAGCUGGCAAAAGCCAUUCGAGCGUGCUGGAGCAAACACUGGAAGCAAGAGCUGAAAUUAUAAUCGAGCCUAUCGCAAACCCGAACCCACACCGAACCACGAGAGAGCAGCUUGCAUGCGAACGAAGCGGCGCGAGCUCCAGGAGCUGCGCCAGUCCAAGAAGACCAGCGGCCCCGAGGCCUCGGGCCAGGAGCAGCGCCGCCAGCUGUUCGCCGAGGGCCAGCUCGGUCGAGUCGACAGCUACUACGAGAUUAUAAAAAUGAUCGCGGGCGCGGGCAUGGGUCUGGCGGGGGGUGGCAUUGGGAUGCUCAGGGCCCGCCGCCGCGACAUUAGCAUCAAACCCAAUCGGAAGCUCGACCGCAAGUCGUCGCGGGGUAUGAUCUACGAGAACGAGGAGCUGAGGCUCAGGACUAUCCACAUCAACGCCGAGGUCGAGCAAGGCCAGAAUGACAUAAAGAAGCUGCGCCGAGAGAACGAGCAGCUCAGGAGAGAAAUAUGGAGUCUGCGGGACGAGUACGACAAACUUGAGGAGAUCCUCAAGAAGCAGAAAAGCCGCGAGGAGAGCGGUGAACCUGAGGAUCGCUCGGAAAACGAGGCUACCGAAUCAAGCUCGGACGAGGAAGACGAGGAUGACGAGGACGAUGAAGAAUCGGAUGCAAGGGACGAGACGCGUAGGAGCCAGCACGACGAGGAGGAGCGGCUGGAGAACGCCGAGAAUCAGAAGAUAUCGUCCGAGAAGCUGACGCCUCUGCGGACUCGCUUGAACUUUGACGAUUUACCGGUGGUCGAGGAAGAGGAAGAGAUUAAAAAGGACGGCAGGGCCGAGCUGGACGAUAGGCGCGAGGCCCGAGGCAACAACCCAACGGACCAUCAAAACGACUUCCUUCCCUAUCACGGGCAAACAACAAAGCCGAAUGGCUUCGGUUAUCAGGCCGACUGUCCGUUUGUCUUCGCGUCGAGUCCCGCGGGUGAGGCCAGUGGCUACUCAAACAUCGUCCCCGUGCCGUUGGACGAAAGUUGCCGUUUAACAACCGCUCGUCCGCAACUGUACGCCAAUACUCCAAGCAGCAACCAGGAGCCACAAAUUCCACUGGAAGCCAACUUCGCGACCCCGCACUCGCCCUUACACUUGGAUGUAACCGGCGCGUACAGCCACCAGCCGGUGUACGUAAGUACGGCAACUUCGCCUCUAUUACCACCACCACCACCACCACCGGUUGGAUGGCAAAACGGUGUGUCAACUGGUCCGGAGGGGAACUUUACGAGGAUGCAAGCACCCUUGGUCUACGACGCCCAGCUGGUCCCGUCUUCGUCAAAGGACUCGCAGCUGUUCAAGCAGCCCGAGGACAAGAGGGAGAAGAUGACGGUCGUGUCGGCCGAGAGGCGGAAUGCCUUUUUCAGGCAGGACACGUACGACUUCCGUUCCGGCAAAUCUCGAGAUUUCAAUAUUACGGCGGUAGGUGAUAGCGACGGGCGGGAGAAUGGCCUCGGGGAUUGCGACGUCAAUAAAAGGUCGAUCGGCGAUGGAGGGACAGGGGAGACGGACGCGACGACUUUGGUCGAUGGUGGGCCGAGGCAUUUUUUCGCGCCACUGCCCGCAAAACCAAGACUUGUCCACACUGAGGAGGGCUUCGUCAAGCAGAUGGACAAUAAUGGCACGGCGAGGCAUUCCGACAGCGGGUGCAGUCCGAACAGUGAGAAAUCCGUGGCUACCGUUAUAUCGAGGGAGCGAUACGAUUGCCCAAAGGGCUCGGUCGAUGUUUGCGUGAACGGAGCCAUUCCUUGUCACGGAAUCGGUCGCAUAGAGAGUGGCGACGCUAAGGCCUUUUUCAGCUCGGAGAAUCAUCUGAACGUGGACGAUGUCAGGAAAACAAAGUCCAACAGGAGCUUGACCCAUUCGUUGACGAGAUCAGCGUCCUGGCAGGACUUGAGUACUUGCACUGCAUUUACGGAGAGUCUCAAGACUUCUGGUACCAAUCGUUGGUUGGCCAAAAGUGACAACGUGCUAAACGACAUGACAACAAGUUCCAAAAGUUUCAAGAGUCAGCAAAGUGUGGACCACAGACGGUCCAGGAUAAGCAAAUCCCAGAGCCCGGAGAUGCCGGAAAUUUCACAACUACCGUCCAUAGAUUACAAAUUGUUUAACAAUCCGUUCCUCCAGAAUUUCGAGCAGGCCUAUCAAAACUUUCCAGUCCGAACCGACGGCCCGAGUCCCGUGACCCAUCCGUUGUCCAUCCAAGUGUGCGAAAGUCCCGUAUCCGGAGCGAGCUAUUCCAACCCCAUCAAAGUCCAACCGAGCUUCAGCGGUCCCAGCAUCCAGGAGCCAGACUGCACUGCUUGCAAGCGCAAGGACUUUGAUCGCCUGCGUUUGAUGAUCCCGCCGGCUAGGUUUCCAAGUCCGCGCGGAGAACAGCCAGAGUACCACGUGACAUCCUUCGAGACGCCGAGUCCCCAUACUCUGCAAUUACCACCCAUGACGCCGUAUGAACUGGAUGCUUUGAGGAAAAUGCCAACUUGCACGAGUCCCGUUCCACAGAGCCCGAGGUUGUACCAGAACGUUCCGUUUGUACCUAGAGGAGCAGCUGUAUUCUGUCCGGGCCAGGGGGUGAAGAUGUACUACGACACAGCGUCGAUGAAGGUCGCUGCCCAAACGCAAACUUCAAUAGAAGACGAAAUAGAGGAGAGUACAAAUGUCAAUUGUGCAUCAGGAGAUAAUCCCACAUUGAAUCAGCCGAAGAAGCGUCGUUCUCGCAAGGAUAAAUCAGGAUCGGUGAAAGACAAGCAAAGAUCGUCGGGCUCCGUUAAGCGCAAAGAUCGCUUGAAGAAGCAAACGAGCACGUGCUCCAGAGACGUACCAGAGUCCCCCGGUAAGCCAAGUCCAAACGCGCGUUUGGGCGAGACUCAGGAUGACGUUAAAAACGAGAGCCGGUCGUCGUCGUCUGGCCAAGAAUCUCCGAAAAAGGAGCAUCAGACGAAGCGAGUGUCAUUGUACUUCAGCGCGAAAAAACGGCCAUCCGUGAGCUCGACCAGGACAUCUCGGAGCAGAAGCGUGGACAACACGAGGGAGCGGCAGUGUCUGACGAGAGGCGAGGCCAGCCCCGAGGCCAUGAAUGGAGACUCGGAUAGAGAAAGGACAAAUUCGAUCAGCAGUCGAGAGGCGGCUGUCAAGGAGAAGACCCGCAAGGGGAGCACGAGCAGUGGCGGUGGCGUGCCUUGGUGUGCGUGCUGGGGUAACGGGUGUGUUUAGAAGAAAAAGAAGGAGACGAAGAGAGCGGUUUUGUUGAGUGCAAAAGUAUUCGAAACUCGGAAUUUCCAAAAGUGCGUGUGCAUGAGUUAUGAAUUCACAGGAGUAAUAUCGAAUGUGGUCUUGAAACCUUUGCGUCAUAAAUUUUACAUAGCGGUACAAAUGUUGGGGUUUGUCUCACCAUCGUUUCAAGUUUAACGAUUCAUUUGGACAUUUUGUACAUACAUGUUUUAUCGCUAUACGUCAGUUAAAAAUAUGUGUUAUGUCAUUGUUUAUCGUAUAUAAUAGCAUUUACGUUUGUUAAUUAUUUGUUUAUUUAUGUAUUUAUUUAUUUAUUUAUU